CGCUGCGUCUUAACUCUGUCUCGAUCAGUUACAGUCUCGCCGGCUGCAGCGACGGCAGACUCCAGGCCAGAGGACAACAACAGCCUUCAAACUGCAAAUGCAGAUAUGAAAAGAACAGAAAACCGAACCUGAACUCCUGCGUUAAAGUUCAAUGAAGAACAAGUAUGCGGGGCGGUGCAUCUACGUUGCCCUGCUGCUGGAGUUAAUGAAGCGAUCAGUAUCAUCAUGUUUCUUCCUAUUCCAGUCCCCUACGCGAACACCUUGCUGUGGAAUUCCCUUGUCAUCUUUACCGUGCUGGUGGCGUUGGCUGCGGCUAUAUCUGGCUGGUGCCCGGUCAGCUGCAUCUGUAACGACCAGCUAGUGGUCCACUGCACCGGGCAAGGGCUGGCCGAGGUGCCCCUGGACUUACCCCUGGCCACAAGGCAGCUGCUUCUUUCGGACAACAAGAUCACGGAGCUGCCGACGGUGCAGCUCAAUUACUUGUCCGACUUAGUGUACCUGGACUGCAGUAAUAACUCUCUAUACAACCUCUGCGAGACGACUUUCAUCAAUCUGAAGAAGCUUGCCUAUUUGGACCUCUCUUUUAACAAGCUGGUUCAAGUGGACGACCGGAUGUUCGUCGCCCUGGCUAGCCUGGUAGUCCUCCGGCUGACUGAUAACCCCGGGCUGGAUCAGAUGCACGUUGACGCCUUCGCGGAGAACUCGGCUCUGCAGGUGCUGGACAUAAGCAGAAAUAACCUGACCCUGCUGAACAUCUCGACCCUGAUCACCCUGCCCGCCCUCAGGUCGAUCGGGGUCAGCGGGAACCCCUGGGAGUGCGUGUGCUCCAAUGAGGACCUGUGCCUCUGGAUGCAGGUGGAAGACUACAAAUUCCAAGACGACGAGAGCACGCUGUGCCGCGGGCCGGCUCCGCUGAGCGGGAUGCGUCUCUCAGAGCUGGGGUUGAAGCUGCGGGUCGAUUGCCACCAGGGCCUGGACAGCUGGGACUACCUAUUCCUGCUCACUGUGGGCUUCCUCAUCUUCUCCGGGGGCACUGUGUCGGCCUGGGUGAUGGGUGUGGUCAUGUUGCUGUACGAGCGCUGGGAGAACAAGCAGGAGAACGAGGAGGGGGAUGAAGAGGAGGGGUCCGGCGGGGAGAAGCAGGUUAACGGGGACCUCAACAAACCCAUCCAGCAGGUCUGAGUGGGGCUCCCCCACCCCCUCCCGAGGACUAUCAGAACGUGCAAUAACAUUCAUUUAUUGAAUCAGGAGGGGACUCUUGAGACACAAGGACAGUCUCUUCACACAUUCGUCAUUAUGAGAAGGAAAGUGUUGCACUAGGCAGGGGAAGUGGGUAUCCUGUAUAGGAGCUGCUAUGUCACGCUCCCAGAGCCUGACUGAUGCACUUAUACCUGAAUGUGCAGAGAGGAGGGGUGAUGUAUACUCUCCCUGUUCAUUUCCCAUAGGGCACUGAGAUACACAGGACCAGUCAUGGGUUGGGCAACUCCAUCUGACAUAGAGGGUGUGGGAGGUACCAUCAAAGGGGUAAGAGCGUGCAUAAAGUAUAAAACUAGUGGCACAGAGAUUAAAAAGGAACAGCUCACCCCAAUAGGAUUGUGGGGUUCUCCCAGAAAGCUCCACUUCCUCCCAUACAAUCGGUAGAACAAAAUCUGAUCUGGCUCACAAUAGUGAAUGAGGGAUGGGGGUGUGAGACUUUUCUUCCCUGUGACAGUCUGAAGGGAACCCUGGUCUGUCUGUGAAGUAUUCCACUACGCACAGCUAGCUAAGGCAAGGCUUCAAACUGACACUAGCCCUGCAUCCAGCCCUGGGUUGCAGUGUAAACAAUGUUAAAUUUACUAUGCAAAUGCAAUAAAAGCUGCAUGUCAGUUUGAGUUUCAAUCAUGCUAGGUAAGACAGUUGAUCUGACAGGCUUGUUUCUGGCCCAGCCUCUGUCUGCACCUUGCUCUGCACUCUCGGAUGCUUCCCUUCAUUAAAAGCCCAGUAAUAAAAGUAGUUGUUUAGUUCAUUGGUGUAUAAAGUUUUACUACAUGCCAACUUUGUACAUUUCCUAAUAAAUGUGAGCAGAAUGAGUCUGAAGUGCUGUUGCUCAUCGCUCUUUCUUGGGUUUGUUUUCCCUCAGGAUCAGGGUUGCUGGAACCCUUAUUAACUGUGUAUUGGGCUUGGGAUCAUUUCAAUCAUUUACCAUCAAUAAUUAUGCUAUUGUCACCUGUUACAGUCACUUUUCAUGUUUUAUUUCACUAAUCCUUUCUUACCGACAGCUCUGAUGUGUGUUGUUAAUUUGUGCCCUUAUAAAA